UCGGCCUAGACCAACACAUGACACUGGGCAUUGGCAGAGCAGUGUUUUGAUUGUGAACCGCAAAAUGAUAGCUUGGCGAUAGCAUAGCAUCAUGGCCGACACAUACCGCCCAAUAGUAGCAGUGGUAGAUUUCCACCACCAGCGUGGACCUGAAGUAGAGAGAUGGGUUGGAGUAGACCCAGGAUACGAUCCUGCUGUCGCCAACGACUGGCAACUGCUACCCUUCCUCGCCCUGUCUGACGGAGCACAUGCUGCCACCGAGGACUUCUCGUAUUUCACACUCGUAUUGAAAAGCACACCCGAGCGCUCGCUGUUCGGCAUAAGUUGCACUCGCCAACUCGACUCGAGGGAGUUAAUCAACAGGCCGGCCGAUGUCACUCGCAGCACCGUACAAAAGGGGGUCGUCGUCAUUACAGAGAACCCACAGACGUUUACUGCUAUAAGAGAGAAGCUCAGCGUAGUCACAAAGGCAUGGUUCGCACAAAAAGACUUUGCCGAUAUCGAGAUCCUUGAGCGUUUCCAGGAGAGUUUGAACAAAGGCUUCGGCAGUCAAGAGGAUGACAAGGAUCUCUACUUUGGUUUGUCUAUGCGCGAGCUGAUUCAUCAGUUCAAAUGGCAGACCUUGGUGCUAUUCAAAUGUCUGCUGUUGCAGCCAAAGAUGCUCUUCUUUGGCUCAAACUGUGAGAAGAUGUGCCUUGUUCAGUUCUCCCUCAUAUCCUUGAUCCCAACUCUCAUGCGUCACCUUCGCGAUUGCGCAGAUCCCCGCAUGGACUACUAUGCUACCCAUGUAGAGAAGCCUACCUCGUUGAAGACAAGCGAACGCGCUUCGCUUCUGGCCUAUAUGGGCGUUCCCUUGCAAGUCUUCGGAAAAGGCAGUCUGUUUGGACCCUACACACCAUUGCAACAGCUAGACACCUUGGCGGACCAAGAUACGAAAUCGUACAUGGUUGGCUCUACUAAUCAACUACUCCUGCAGCAAAGGGAUCGCUACGCAGAUAUUUUGGUCAACCUCGAUGAUAAUACCAUCAACAUAUACUCUCCUUCUCUGCGAAGCGCUCUGGCUUUGUCAACGGCCGACAGACGAUGGAUUGAUUUUCUCACUCAAUCAGUACAUGAUACUUGGGACGAAAACAUCCCAAGUCGGCCCAAAGACAUGGGCUAUGCAGGUAGCGAAGAGUUUAUCCGUCUUCAGUUCGAAGAGUAUCUGCUCUCUCUACUCUCAGCCUCGAAGUACAGUCGUUUCGUUUCUAAUCAUAAAGGUGACCCAAAGGCUUUGCUCUCAGAAGUGGAGGGCGAUCCUUCAAACGAGUUUGGGAGCGAGUUCAUGAAUCAAUGGUGCUUGACCGAGAACUACGCUCUUUUCGAGCGCACUACAGACUCGCAUCUCUUCGAUGUUGUCGAACCACGGCACCCUUGUGCUGGAGGCUUGACUAUCGAAGAUGUACAACGUAGACUUGCUGCACAAGUCUCUGAACUACACCUGGACGAACGUUGGAGAGGGAGCAAGGAGGCCGUGGGCAAACACUUAUCCACCGGUCGUGAGCGAGUCGCAGGAGCGAUCAAUACUCUAUGGGCUGAUAUCGAAGUCAUGCGCGAAGCCCAACGUAAACGAGCCGAGGAGCAAAAGGCUGCAGCCCCCAGCCCUCCGGGUCCGGAGGAGAAAAGUGCGCCGAAAGUGGCUCAAGCUCAAGCUUCUGUCCAAGCUGCUUCCUCUCGUGCAGGCGCAUAUAUAUCAUCUUGGGGCGCAUGGGCGUCUGAAAAGCGCAAGAACUGGCAAAAGCCUGAGAAUAGCACUGCUAUGCCAACAAUUCCUGCAUCGUCAUCUUCUCAGAUCUGGGAAGCCGAAGAUUCUAUACCCGCUGUUGCGACUGUGUCGGAGCUAAGCAUGCAACACGGCGCUCAAUCUACACCAACUUCUGCUGAGACAGAGGAGAGCAACUCUAAAGCAGCCAGAGAGGAGCGGGACGAAGAGGAAGACACACAGAAAACGCAGCAAGAGGACAUAGCGACGCAGGUCGCAGCAGAGGACCCGUGGGUACAGGAGAAGAUAUAAAUGUAAUUUAAUUGUGAGCAAGAC